AUGAAAACUCAUCUGCCACGACUGAACGAACUCCGGAAUAGACUGGCAUCGGCUGAGAAGAAGUCGCAUUCCGGUAGCCGGUCGAAUGCCUCACACUUCACAGAAUCAGCUCUGCCAGGCGACAGGGAACCGAACGUCCAGGCCGUCUCGGGCGAUGGCAUAUUGUCCCAAGAAAACGACACAAGCGACAAAGAUGCAACGUGGGAGGUCGACAGCGUGGUCACAAUCGAGCUUCCUGAGCCUCCAAUCGACGUGCCUGAUGUGAAGGCUCUCACAUCGUUGAUCUGCGAUCUCGAAACCAGAGUCCGAAAGCUGGAAGAACAAGUGAAGGGUCAAAGCCAAGAAAAUCACCGCCUGCACAGGAGAGUGAGCAGCAUCUAUGAGAGUGUCCCGACCUGUCACACCAAAUCCUGUCGUUCAGCUCGGUACAAGGAUAUGGAAUCGGAAUGA